AUGCCGCACCAUUGUAACGGCGGUGUAACAGAACGGACGGCAAAAAAUCAUCACCCCUUAAACUUUUACUCGGUGACUUUCAGCAGUUCCUUCCGGCAACCUUGCGACAACGGCGCGCGCGCCUUGCAGUCCGCGCCAGACCGCCGCGACGUACGCACGCGCGCACCGCUCUCGUUUAUAUCAAAACACUGCUUUGAAGUGGAGGCUCGGGCCACCGGCGCCGCAGGGCCCGUGAUAGGCCCGAGCGGUGGUAUGGAGUCCCCCCAAAUGUACGAUGCGGCAGCCGCUGCGCCGCCGCCGCCGCAACCCGAUUUAAAGAAAACGGUGGAGGAGAAACGUGCGCCAUUCCCACCGCCUGAUUUAGACGAGCUCAAUGGACAGGAGAUCAGCCUUGACUUACAACACCUCAUCGAGGACCAGUUCCGAGGGGAAGAGACGAUGGCUCUCUUCCAGGAGAUACUCCCAGGAGGGCGUUCUCCGCAACCGAGACCGAGUUUCGCUAGGACAACCCUAGCGUAUAUGCCUCAGCCUGUACAUUCGGGAGCGUCUUAUGCGCCUGUCCAAUCAAAUUCAGGACAUGAACAGCAACCACCAAUUAAAGAAGAACCACCUGAACCACAUGAUUUUAGACGAUCAGUUUCAUGUGCACAAUACACAGGCCAAUAUAAUCCUCAACCACCUGUUGGAGUCAGUGGACCAUAUGGUGGAGGGUUUACACCUUUACCACCUUUAGGUGCUCCACUUCUACCACCUUUAUUAAAACACAAAGUGGCACCACCCAGGCGGUCGUCUGGCAAAGUCAUAGAUAAAGGUACAGAUGAGUACAGGAGACGACGUGAACGUAACAAUAUUGCAGUGCGAAAAUCUCGUGAAAAGGCUAAAGUGCGCUCGAGGGAGGUAGAAGAAAAGGUGAAGACGCUCUUGAGAGAAAAAGAGGCGCUCCUAAAGAGGCUGGAGGCGGUAACUGGAGAGUUGAGCCUUCAUAAACAAAUGUACGUGCAUCUGAUAAAUCUGAAUCACCCGGAGAUUACGGAACUGUGUCGCUCAAUGCUGCAGCUUGGUGCACCCCACGCACCAGACCACACACUUUGA